CAUUAGAAAGACAGAUAUGAGUUAGGGAACAUACUAAUGCAAGAACAUAUUAUAUAAUAUAUGAUGUAUAAAAAUUGCGGUAUUAUUAUUUUUAAAUCUGAGUGAUAACAUUUAAGCAAGUGUUAACACAAAGUGCUUCGGAGAAAGGUUUUAAAAAUGUCGUUAUUUAAACGCAUUAAAAGGUCUUUGACCGGAUCAAUACAAACGGAUGAUUACGAAUCCCGCGUGAUAAGUAGAAAUAAUAACAAAACUCGUUCAACUUUUGAUCCUCAAAUUCUACCGCCUGAAAUUAGUGAGCGUGAAGUUGAGAUUCUUAAAGACUGCUGGAACACAGUUCAACAGGAUGUUGCAAAAGUUGGAAUUAUUACCUUUGUAGGUCUGUUCGAAACCCAUCCAGAUGUGCACGAUGCGUUCAUGUCAUUCCGGGCAGUUAACACAUCCGACCUAGAAUAUAACGCAAUACUUCGUGCGCAUGCGCUACGAGUAAUGGGAACAGUGAACAAGUGUAUUUAUAGACUCGACAACAGGGACAAGUUACAAGAGCUUAUGACAGAAAUGGGCAUUCGGCACAAGAACUAUUCUGUCAAAAUUGAAUUCAUUGAUUUGAUGGGUCCCCAGUUCAUCAGCUCAAUUAAGGCCAGUUUGGAAACAGUGUGGACAGACGAACAUGAAAAGGCCUGGGAUAAUUUAUUUAAGGUCAUGUGUUAUCACAUGAGGAAAGGAAUGUGUAGUAUAUAAGGAACGUUGAAUUUUAUGAAGAAAAUAACAUUUGGUGUAAACUUAUAUGAUACAGUAUUAUGCACCUGCGUUCAAAUUAUAUGCUGGAUAUUUAGUUUGGAAUCAAUAUUACGAUACAUCUGAUUGGAUGAUCUGUCGUAAAAUGGAAGGGUUGGACGUUUUAACUUUUGAAUAAGCAUAAGAAAUCAUGUUCAACCUCUGCAAUCUGUAGAUAUUAUUAACACAAAAUAUUGAGUAUCUCGUGUGAUUAAGCUUACUACCAGAUGCAAAUGUCUGGAUUGGAACACCUGACUCGGUGUACGACUAGUGUAGAGUAUGUAUGCAUACAUCUAGACUAAAGACAGUUUACAAUCACUUUAUUAACUAAAACACAAAAUGGCUGCAUGAUAAAAAAUUUAUUUUAGUUAUAAAUAUAUACAAACGAAAACGUAUAUAUGGCACUGCACUAUUUUUAUAAAAGUAAUAAGGUAACUGUUUUAUAAUUGUAUGUGUUGUUCCUUUAUAUGUGUAUAAAGUAAUGCUUAUUGUAUAUCAACAUUCAUAAAACAGUUACAAUAAUUAUAUUUUUGACAAAUAUCAUAAUCUGAUAUUAUCAUCUGACAUAUUGUUUUAAAUUUGCAAUUGCAAAUGUUAGCAAAAUCAUUUCUCAGUAAGUCAAAAUAAAAUGUGUUAUUGUGUGCAUACGUAAAGCAGGAGAUCGGGUAAUUUAUUACAAACAUUCAUAAAUGUGACCUGUGUUGGCGAAUGUUUGGUUCUGUGGUAUUCUUUGUUAUUUCAACUGUUAUUUUACGUUGAUAAAGAUGGUUCAACGUUGUAUUAUUUAAUAAACCAACAGGCUAUGUUACUGAAAUAGAAAAUGUGAUUCAGCUCGAGUGUAUAAUUUUAAUCACAAUACUAGUGGGUGAAGUAACAAUAUUGAACCCUGGUGCAAAGGACAAUAUUUAAAAACUAGCGAGCAUAUAAGUGAAUACAUUUAUACUUUAUUUCACUAAUUGAUUUGACACGUUAAAGCUACGCUUACUUUUUACCGUUCCGAUACGCAGGAAGAUAAACAAACACAAACAAAUUCAAAACUGAGUCUCUCCAUCAUGGCGUAAAUACUGCCAAUAGCAUAACGUUAUGAUGUCGUUAUUGUUUGGCUACAGGCUUAUCCAUGCAAAUACUGCUCUAUUAGUAUGUUCAUCAACAUUUUUUUAAGAAUUAAAUAUCCAAUUAUUUGCAGUACUUGAAACAUUUUUAAAACAGUUUUAUUCUUUUUUGAAGGGAUAUAGCAACAACCUCAGCUUCAUAGAAACAAACGUUUAUCAAACCGUUCCUUAAGUAUAUAUCUCAUUGUAUUUUUCAACUAAUUGUGUACAAUAAAUGUGCUGUUAGUUCAUGCUUAUUAUGAAACAAUUAUGCUGCAAGUUGUAAGACAACUAACCAAAUAUUCGGUUACACUGC